GUUAAUGGGCUGAUGAAGCCCAUUCAGAAAAGCCCACAUUGUAGCUACCAGAAUCAAAAGUCGGCUUCGGCCCUUCUCCUCCCGCUCUCUACCGUUGGAGCGCACCGCCGGCACAAAGCUAUUCUGAAAGGAGGAAUCGGCGAUUCGAGUCUGUGAAACGGAGAUAAUUUCAACAGAAGCAAUCCGAAAUGAGGUUCAACCUCGACUUGGAUGACUCUGACACGCCGGAUUCUUCUUCCCGGCGAACUCCGACUCCCAAAGAAAAUGUCCAGUGGAUUCCGCUCCAGAAGCAUCCCGUAUUCACUUCCGCCGAGAACGUCGGAGCAGCGGCGGCUGAGGAUCCGUUACCGAGGAAUCUGCUCGCUUGGGACGGUGCCUCCAGGUUGUACUAUUGGGAUUCAAGCAAGCAGUACCUCCACCGAGUUUCUAUCCGACUGGGCGAACCGGAACCUACUUCCGUGCUCGCUGCUUCUCCGUCCAAGGUAUUGGUAGCAGAUGUGAAGAUUGGCUUUGUGGUUAACAAGAUCUCCAUUAAUAGAAAUGGUUCAGCUUUGGUUCUUGCUGGUUCGGAUGGCAUAUGCGUUAUGUACCUUUAUGGACGCAGUUCUGCUAGGGAUAACACCAUUACAUGCAGGACUGUCUCAAUCGGUUCCCAGAUAUAUUUUGAUGAAAGUAAUGUUAUACGCACUCUACAAGUUUCUUGGCACCCUUGCAGUGAGACGCAUUUAGGAGUUCUUUCAUCUGAUUCGGUGUUCAGAAUUUUCAAUUUGUCUGCGGAUGUCCUGCAACCAGAGCAGGAAUAUUAUUUACAGCCUCUUCAACCUGGUAGAUCAAGGAAAGCUGCUUCCUUGUGUCCUGUUGAUUUUUCGUUUGGUGGAGAUCACUUGUGGGACAGAUUUGCUGUGUUUGUAUGUUACAGUGAUGGCUCUAUUUACAUUCUCUGCCCAAUUGUUCCAUUUGGGAGUGUCUACAAGUGGGACUCAGUUUUGGAGAUAUAUAACGAUGCCAACACACUGGGUUUGGAAUCAACAAAUCCAACUGCAGUUAGCAACUCUAGUCGGGCAGUCUCUUGGUUAGAAGCUACAUUUCCAGAGUUAAGUUCAGAAGCAGGGGACAGAGAAAACAUUUCUGCAGUGAAAGCUCAAGCCCAUGCUUUAUUUGAUACAUCACUCUGCUUGCAGGGGCCACUUCAGAGAAUUCAGAGAAAUAGGGCUAAUGAAGACUUUGCAGUUUCCACUGGGGUGAGCGAAGGGCGUGCCAUCGGUUUUCUCUAUAAUCUAGUCAGCAAAGACUCGGUUCUGGUUACUGCCUGGACUGGUGGCCAGUUACAGAUAGAUGCCUUAGCUGAUGAGAUCCAGCCACUCUGGACUCUCGGUAGUGCACCUCGUCUCCGUGUUAAUCCCCAGGACCACCAAGUUCUUGGUCUUGCUAUGAUCUGUGAAUCAAUCGCUCACCACCUCCCUGUUGUUAAGCUCGAUGAACCACUUGACCAGACGGUUUGGUUGGGUCACCCGCCACCUCUGUUGAGACUCGCAAUUGUGGAUUUGUCCUUGCCCCAGAAAAGAGAGAGUGGUUACCAUAUUCUCAUGUUUGCCGAUCCACUCUUGCCGGAAAGAAUCUACUGCCUUCAUGAAGGUGGGGUAGACUCGAUUGUGUUGCAUUUUCUCCCAUUCACCAAUCAGUCCAGUGGGAAGGAUGAAACUGUCAGGGCUCCGUCUGUCCAUCCUGUGCUGAGUACAUGCCAGGUGGACAAUACUAGAUCAGUGUCUCCACUCUGUGGUUUUGUGGCGUUGUCUGAUUCAUUUGGGUAUUCAUGGAUUGUGGGGACCACGUCCACUCAAGAAUGCAUCGUGCUAGAAAUGAAGACAUGGGAUUUGUUACUUCCCCUGCAAGUUGCUACGGACUACUAUGCUAAGGAUGAAGAACGGAAGGAUAUGAAUAAUGCUCCAGAUAUCAUAAGCAAAGAACUACUUGCUGGUCCCAAGGUGGUUCCUGUUCCUCAGGUGUCACCAAAUCUUCGAUCCGUUGCUGCUGACUGUAUAGAAGGCCGGUCGAUGCUUCAUCAGUACUUCAAGCUGUUCCAUGAAAAUUAUGUCGAGUAUGCCCAUAAGGUUUACUUCGAGCUGGAGCAUCAUGGGCCACAGAUGAAGAGAAUCAUUGAUGACCAACUGGCUCGUCUCAGCGAGGCUCAGGAGAAACUUGUGAGAGUGAAGGACAAACAGGCUGGUUUGGAUUAUAGGAUUAAGCAUGCAAUUCAUCAGCACCAUACUCUGGAACAGCGUCUGAAGGACUUGAGGAAUCUUCCCGGAGUUCACAAGAAGCCUAUGUCUAGAGCUGACCGGAAGUUCAAGUCUGAACUUGACCAACUUACGGGGGUUGAAUUGGAUGCAUUGCAUUCGUCCAUUGAGACACUAAAAGCUCGGCAGAGAAGGCAUACGACACAGUCUUCAAAAGACGUCAUCUCUAACCAGCGGAGGAAAAUACCAGGGAGGAGCCAUGCCCUGGAUGCCCAAAUGUCCCAACUAAAAUCUUCACUGGCUAAGCUUUCGCUUAUUAAUUCCGAAAACGCAAAGAAAGUAAAGGUUGUAGAGUCUAGCUUGAGAGCUCAGGGAAGCGGUAAAUAACUGAGCCGUGUAGUAGCUGUGAGGCUGAACUGAAUAUACAUGUCUUUGUCUCAGGCUGCAGCAUUCACAGAAUAGAAGCCAAGGUGCAAAUGUUGUAUUUCACGCUUUUGAUACUUGUGUUCUGAACUUCUGAUAUUAUGGCCACAUACCAAUAGGCGCAAUGCAGAAAAUAUGUUACUCUGUUCUCUGUGCUCUCUUUCCUGACAGACGCAAUCUGGAAGAUCCUUUCGAGGGGAUGCCCCGAAGAAGCUGAUGCAGGUCAGGAUGCCUUAUUGUAUUAUUAAUCAUUACUCAAUGUCACUUUUCAAAUAUAUGAUCAUGUUGAUGUGUGAAGAGAACGCCGUUGAUCCAUAUGAUUACUCAAUCAUGAUAUUUAUUUCUUAAGGGCAGUUCUGGAGGUGUCUUAACUGCAUUCCCCACUCCUCCCCUUUAGCCUAGAAUCAUUAUCAUUGCCUUUUGUAACCUUUAGAAGUGGAGCCAUCCAAUUGCCAGCGGCUUGUAGGGCACUUGGAUAAUGAAUCCCAUUUCCCCUCAACUGCUGUUUUUAUAUUCCACUGCAAAUGGUUUCUUUAAGAAAUUGGCGAUAAUGAUGAUGAUUGAUUGAUUUAGGGUUCUACACUGCUUGUUCCUGAUCUCGUCGCCGGACAUUGAUAGGGUACCGCUUCUGUGUUGGGAUUGUUGGAAAGAAAACCAGCUUAUCUUCCUCAGCCGGCUCCCAACUGCACAACCAGAAAAAAGAAUCCCCAGGCAAAGGUAAAACACCUUAAACCCACAUUGGAAAUGAAAAUAACUAUAAUAUAGAUGUGUAUUAAGAUUCGAUUUACCUGAAACGAGUGACUAAAUGACGAAGGAACACAAAGAGUUCAACUCUAGCAAGCUGGGCAGAGUCUCCCCCCUCCGCCGAACGGAGUGUACACAUUCCCAGAACUUGCUGCUCCUGAGUUGUUUUGUCAAAAUAUUUUGUUGUUUCCCCACAGUUAAACACCAGGCCUUGAAGUGUCUAGGGGGAACACUUCCUUUGUCAUUGUUCUUUGGUAGGAGGGUAAAUAAAUAUAUCAACAGUAUAAUUUAUAGCUGAAAAGUAAAACUGCAUCCCCCAUUCAAAAUUUCCUGGCCAUAGAGUGAUUUUAGGAAGCUGAUGUGGCAGAGUGUUAAGCGGAAAAAAAAAGUCCCGCCUGAUUUCAGAACCAAAAAACUGUCAACUACCCACCUUUUUCUCCUUCCAGGCCCACGUUCUCAUUUAAUUUGUAUUUAUUUGCAAAACAACAAAAUCCAGAGGCAAAGCUCCUUCCUCUUCCCCUUCGCAUCAGUUCCUUUGUUUUUUUCGUCGGCAAAGGAAACUCGGGUAUCAGGCGACGAAAGGGGAAGAUCUAGGUUUCUGAGUUGCGACGGCCAGAGGUGGGGAUUCCAAUUUUGGUUCGUCGGUGAGCAAAUUAAAUAUCUCUUUUGUGUGACCUCGCCUAUUUGGGCCUUCUCUACUCGGAUUCUCCAGUUCCCGUUCUGGAUUGCUCCCUGUUGAUGGAUAUAGUCGACGACGCUAUUCUCCAAGACUGAGUGAAUGGCAACCGAGCAACAGCAAAAGGGGAACCAGCUAGAGGGCCACGCGCUCGAUUUUGACGUCGAAUAGUUCGCAAUUCUGGUUGGAGAGGAACAAAGGACAAAGGAGGCUCGCUAACCAGUCACAACUUCAUCUGUUGUCGGGAUGUUCAGAUCCGGUGCUAUGAACUGUGGGCAUGUCAUUCGCUCACCUUCAGUCGAUUUUAUCUAACCUUUUUCCUUUGCGGGCUUUAUUUGUUGUUGAUUUCCAUCGUGGUUCAUUUUUCUAUUCUUUUAUGUUCAGUUUCUUAUUGUUCCUUUUUUGUUGUGUUUCAUUUUUUGUUUUGUUCUUUGUAUUCUAUUCUCCAUGUUUGAAUUACAGGCAUGUCGCACUAAUGUUACCCUUUGGAAACCCCACAUUCGAUGUUCUCCUACUAUUCUCUCCGCCCCUGUUUUCGGGAGACCGGGUUGCCCCUCUUCGUCCCAGGAUCCCACCACCCCUAUUUUCGCUUUUGAGUUUUCUAAUCAAGCUUUCGGCUUUAGCCAUCGUCGGAUUUGCUGGUGCCACUUGCACUGUCUCCCUUCGUCGUGGCGUGCAAGUUGGUACUUUGCUCUUUCCUUCAGCUUUCAAUUUGGAAGGUGUCAUGACUGGCGCAGACUGUGACAUUAGCAGUGGUGGGAUAAGCCUUACCAUGCUUUACAUAUUCUCAUGAGAUGUGCUUUUUUAGUUUGUAUUGGUGAGUGGCAGCAGGAUAAAUUGUCUCACAAAAU